AUGUCCGCUACUACAACCGCAAACCCCAUUACGGCCACUACGCUGUCUCUCCUUGGUGACUAUGAAGUACACCACAGUGAACAACAGGAAACAGUUCAUGCCAACGUUGAAACGCGACCAUCCCUUGGACAACCUCCAGACUGGCCUAGGGAUCAUAGGCGUGUCCCGGCCUAUCGGCCUAUAAACUAUAAUCUUGACCAGAGUGAACGGCCAGCUGGCUCUAACGGGGUGGAAUGGGCGUUCAUCGAAGUGAUGCUGCAUGGCGUCUGGCUGAAUUCGGUAGGUCACCUUGAACUUGGAAUCUGUCCGACACAAGCUGAGUGA